AUGGCAGCAGAGCCGCAGCCGUCCAGCCUUUCCUACCGCACCACGGGCUCCACCUGCCUGCACCCGCUCAGCGAGCUCCUGGGCAUCCCGCUGGACCAGGUGAAUUUUGUGGUAUGCCAGCUUGUUGCUCUGUUUGCUGCUUUCUGGUUUCGCAUCUAUUUACGUCCUGGUACAACCAGCUCUGAUGUCCGGCAUGCGGUUGCCACCAUUUUUGGCAUCUAUUUUGUCAUCUUUUGUUUCGGCUGGUACUCUGUGCAUCUUUUUGUGCUGGUGUUAAUGUGCUAUGCAAUCAUGGUCACUGCUAGUGUAUCCAAUAUUCACAGAUAUUCCUUUUUUGUAGCAAUGGGAUAUCUUACAAUAUGCCACAUCAGCCGAAUAUACAUCUUCCACUAUGGAAUUCUCACUACAGAUUUUUCUGGGCCUCUGAUGAUUGUCACUCAAAAGAUCACAACCUUGGCAUUCCAAGUUCAUGAUGGAUUAGGUCGAAGAGCUGAAGACCUUUCUGCUGAACAACAUCGACUUGCUAUCAAAGUGAAACCCUCUUUUUUGGAAUACUUAAGUUACCUUCUCAAUUUCAUGAGUGUCAUAGCUGGUCCUUGUAACAAUUUCAAGGACUAUGUAGCCUUCAUUGAGGGGAAGCAUAUACACAUGAAGUUGCUGGAGGUGAACUGGAAGCAAAAAGGUUUCCACAGCUUGCCAGAACCUUCUCCCACAGGAGCUGUGAUACACAAGUUGGGCAUCACCUUGGUGUCUCUCCUUUUGUUUUUGACGCUCACGAAGACCUUUCCUGUCACCUGCCUUGUGGAUGACUGGUUUGUCUAUAAAGCAAGCUUUCCGGCUCGACUCUGCUACUUAUAUGUUGUCAUGCAAGCCUCAAAGCCCAAGUAUUACUUUGCAUGGACAUUAGCUGAUGCAGUGAAUAACGCAGCUGGCUUUGGGUUCAGCGGAGUGGAUAAGAAUGGGAAUUUCCAUUGGGAUCUGCUUUCGAACCUAAACAUCUGGAAAAUUGAGACUGCCACAAGUUUCAAAAUGUACUUGGAAAACUGGAAUAUUCAGACAGCUACUUGGCUAAAGUGUGUGUGCUAUCAGCGGGUUCCAUGGUACCCCACGGUGCUAACCUUCAUCCUGUCUGCUUUGUGGCAUGGUGUCUACCCUGGAUACUAUUUUACCUUCUUAACUGGAAUUCUUGUCACAUUAGCAGCUAGAGCGGUCAGGAACAACUACAGACAUUACUUCCUUUCUUCAAGAGCUCUCAAGGCCGUGUAUGAUGCAGGCACCUGGGCUGUCACUCAGCUGGCUGUCUCUUACACGGUGGCGCCCUUUGUGAUGUUGGCAGUUGAACCGACCAUCAGCUUAUACAAGUCCAUGUACUUUUAUUUGCACAUCAUAAGUCUCCUGAUAAUACUAUUUCUGCCAAUGAAACCACAGGCUCAUACGCAAAGGCGGCCUCAGACUCUGAACUCUAUUAAUAAGAGAAAAACAGAUUGAUACCUCCAAGAGAAGCGAAACAAGCAAAACUGCAGAACGUUCGAAAGAUGAGAUGACAAGCCUUCAAGGGUUCCUCCGGUGGCUUAGAGGC